AUUUCAGCCAAGAGUGUUUGCAGGUCUGUGUGUGCUGCUGGGAGGUGUCAUCAUUGGAGUUUGGUUCAUGCAGUCAGACAUCAGUCAAAGCUCCACACUUAAAAUAGAGAAAUGCUGGAAGCACUAGUUGUCUUUUUUCCCUGGAAUCUUUUUUUGAGGUCUAAUUCAACUCUGCAACCUGAUAGUCAAGGGGAAACUGAAGACACAUCUUUCUGCAACAGUGCCUUGGACAUCUCUGUGAUGGAACCCAGGACAUUUACGGCAUAGGAGGUGAAAAGAGCAAUUGCAGUGCCUUCUUAAUCAGCUAAACAGGUGGCCAGGUGGAGGAUGGAUAAACUAACAACUCUGUCAGAGGAGCUCCAAUGCUCAAUCUGUCUGGAUGUGUUCACUGAUCCAGUCAGCACUCCAUGUGGACACAACUUCUGUAAGAGCUGUCUGAACCAGUGCUGGAACAACAGCCAGACCUACAACUGUCCAUUCUGUAAAGAAACAUUCAAUAACAGACCAGAGCUCAAGAUCAACACAACACUCAGACAGCUUGUGCAGGUGUUCAAGCAAAAUAUUCCUGAGAAGACAUCUGAAGUUCUCUGUGAUAUUUGUGAUGGUGUAAAGAAGAAAGCCCUAAAGAUCUGUCUGCUGUGUCAAAAUGCCUACUGUCAAACUCACCUGGAUGUUCAUCAGAAAAUUAUGAAUUUGAAACACAAAUUGAUUGAUCCCGUGUUGAAUCUUGAGAACUAUAUAUGUCAGAAACACGAGAAACCUCUGGAGCUGUUCUGUAAAGAUGAUCAGACAUGUGUGUGUUUGCUCUGCGCUGUGACAAAUCACAGGAAUCACAACACUGUUGCUGUAGAGGAGGAGAGUGGUGUAAGAAGGACUAAGAUGAUGGAGAUACAUACAGAUGUGCAGAAGAUGAUCCAUGACAGAAUGAAGAAAAUUCAAGACAUCAAACACUCAGCACAACUGAAAAAAAAAACAUCAGAGAAAGAUAAAGCUGAGAGCAUUGAGCUCUUUGCUGAUCUGAUGCGCUGCAUUGAGAGAUGUCAGUCUGAGCUGCUGGAGAUGAUGGAGCAGAAGCAGAAAGCAGCAGAGAAGCAGGCUGAAGAGCUGAUUAAAGAUCUGGAGCAGGAGAUCACUGAGCUGAAGAGGAGAGACGCUGAGCUGGAGCAGAUCUCACACACUGAGGAUCACCUGCACCUCCUACAGAUUUACCCAGAGCUGAGCAAACCUCCACACACCAGCAGCUGGACUCACGUCAGUAUCAGUGACACUCAGCUGAGUGUGGAGACUCUGAGGAAAACUCUCACUCAGCUGCAAGACACUCUGGAUGACAAACUCAGCUCAAGUGUGCGGAGGAAGAUGCAGCAACAUGCAGUGGAUGUGACUCUUGAUCCAGAUACAGCUUAUCCAGAUCUUAUCAUCUCCGAUGAUGGAAAACUAGUGACAGAUGGAGACAUUGAGCUCGAACUCUCAGACAACCCUGGGAGAUUUGACACUUGCCCGUGUGUCCUGGCAAAAGAGGGAUUCAACUCAGGGAGAUUUUACUUUGAGGUGCAGGUAAAAGGAAAGACUGAUUGGGAUUUAGGAGUGGCCAGAGAAUCAGCUAACAGGAAAGGAAAGAUAAUAGUUGCUCCUGAGGAUGGAUACUGGAUUAUAGUUUUGAGGAAUGAGAAUCAGUAUCUUGCAGUUGAAUCUUCUGCUGUUUCUCUGUCUUUGAGAGUGAAGCCUCAGGUUGUGGGUGUGUUUGUGGAUUAUGAGGAGGGUUUGGUCACUUUUUAUGAUGUGGAGUCCAGGUCUCAUAUUUACUCUUUCACUAGUCAGUGUUUCACUGAGAAACUCUUUCCAUUCUUUAGCCCUUGUAAUAAUAAAAAAGGUAAAAAUGCAGCUCCUCUAAUUCUCACAUAAAGAGACAUUGAAUAUUUAUGUACAGUUGAAGUCAGAAUUAUUAGUCCUCCCUGAAUUAUUAUUAGCAUUGUCAUGAUGACAGUAAAUAAUAUGUUACUAGAUAUUUUUCAAGACACUUCUAUACAGCCUAAAGUGACAUUUAAAGGCUUAACUAGGUUUAUUAGGUUAACUAGGCAGGUUAGGGUAAUAAGGCAAGUUAUUGUAUAACAAUGUGUAUAUAUAUAUAUACAUAUACAUACAUACAUACAUAGAUACAUGCACACACACAGUUAAAGUCAGAAUCAUAACCCCCCUUAGAAUUUUUUCUUUUUUUAAAAUAUUUAGCAAAUUAUGUUUAAUAGAGCAAGGAAAUUUUUACAGUAUGUCUGAUAAUAUUUUUUCUUCUGGAGAAAGUCUUAUUUGUUUUAUUUCAGUUAGAAUAAAAGCUGUUUUUAAUUUUUUUAAAUCCAUUUUAAGGUCAAAAUUAUUAGCCUCUUUAAGCUAUAUUUUUUUUCGAUAGUCCACAGAGCAAACCAUCGUUAUACAAUAAUUUGCCUAAU